ACAAGCAACAAAUAAUAAUAUAUUCAGUGUGAUCUCACGAGUGGGGUAAGCUUAAUAAGUUCCAUAACAUGCAGCUGGUGAAGCAUAUGUCCUCGCCCUCGUUCACAAUAUCAGUUUAACAUUUACCCUAGUUCUCUACUAACUCUUCCAACCACAUACAAGAUACAUACUAACUUAACGACUCUUCCCUAACAUCAACACAUCUAGACUAUCAAUUUUUUUAAAAAGAAAAAGUUAAUAAUUCUAACCCUCGCUUUGACUUGGGUUUGGAACUUGGGCUUUCUAUAAAUUUCCCCUGUUUCCUUUCAUGUCCAUCCCUCUUCUAUAUUGCAGAUUAUAACAGAUAUACCAAAAAAGAGAAGGUAAAAAAUGGUGUCUUUAAGUUUUAGUUCAUUUAUGCUUUUUAUGCUUCUCUUCAUUUUUCUUACAAUAAAGGAUACAAUUGUUCAUACUGAUGAUCAAGUUAAACAGAUGGUACAUGAAGCUGAAAAUGAUAACGCUAGGAUGAGUCAUCUCAGUGUGGAGAAGGGCAAUGAGAGGGAUUCGAUGAAUUCAGCAAGUACACACAACUCGAAGAACGAUGAUCAAUCUGAUGAUAAUGGAUCAUUUCAGAAUCUUGAGUCAGAGAAGUUUCAGGAUGAUGCGACUGACUUUUUCACCACGAACAAAGACUACGUUAGAACGCGAAGAUUUUGUCCUGAUUUUCUUAUUAUAUUUGAAUUUUAUCUUUUUUUCAAAGUCCCAGUAUCAGUUACCAAUGGUGAUUAGUUCCAUCCUUCUUUUGCAGUUGUGACUUGGAGACAAGGGUGACUACUUGGCGUUGAGUUUGUCUUGUCUCCUUUUGUUUUAGCUAGUAUUGUUGUCUUUGAGACACGCUUUGUUGUGGUCCACAUUUUGGACUUGUACUCCUUAUUAGAUAGCUUUGUAUUAGUAACUUUCAAGUUUUGGGACAACUGUAUAUAUUUCUUUUGGUUGUUUCCGCCUUGUUAUUUUUCUUUAGAUUAUUAUUUUCUCUAAUUUUUGUCCUUACGUUCAGUAUUUGAUGUUUUGGGUUACAGGUUAACUUACCUGUUGAUAGGAUAUGGUAAAUGUCAUCAUGACUCGAGAAAUCAAAUCAUAACAAGUAAUCUACAAAUACCUGAUCAAUAAUUUCCAGCCUCUCCACAAUUAUUUUUGAUUUUGGUUCAACAAUUGUCUCCCUCAUGGGAGGGAAAUUAAACAAUAACCCAAUUUUGAU